AUGGACAAGGAAUGUCCGCAUUGUCAUGCUCUGCAAUUCAAAAAUGAGCCAGCUGGGAUGUGUUGCGCGUCAGGAAAAGUGCAACUACCUGAAAUUGAAACACCACCUAAACCAUUGAACGGCUUACUUAUCUGCACGGAUCCAGAUUCUAACGUGUUCCUGAAGCGCAUCGUCAGCGAGCUAGAUGCUCUUUUGAACGAGCUCAACGAGUUGUUGAAAAUAUUCAAAUCACAUUUGCACCAAUUACAAAGCGAUAAUCACGCUAUCGUCAUUAAUCCUGAUAAAACACCAGCUGGAGAACAUAUUCGUAGAUUCAAUGCACCCGUUGUUGAUGAUGUUGCUGGAAUCAUGGUUGGCGAUUGUACAGCUGCACGAGAAAUUGUGAUUCGUAGAAGAAAUAAUAAUCUUCAGUUCAUUGCUGAAACACAUCGUUCAUAUGACGCUCUCCAAUAUCCGCUAAUAUUCUGGAAGGGACAAUACGGAUAUUGCAUAAACAUAAAACAACGAGAUCCCGUAUCAGGAGCUGAAACAAACAAGAACGUUAGCUCAAAGGAUUAUUAUGCGUACCGAUUAAUGAUUAGACGUGGCCUGGACAACGUCAUUUUACGAUGUCGUGAGCUUUGUCAACAAUUCAUGGUCGACAUGUACGCGAAGAUUGAGAGCGAACGACUACGAUACUUACGAUAUAAUCAACAAAAGCUGCGCGCGGAAGAGUACAUUCAUUUGCGAGACGCUAUCAACAACAACGCCGACGUCGCCGAAAUUGGUAACCAUGUCAUUUUACCAUCAUCGUACGUAGGCAGUCCACGUCAUAUGCAAGAAUAUAUACAGGAUGCUCUGACUUUCGUGCGCGAAUAUGGACGACCAUGUUUAUUUAUCACGUUCACAUGUAAUCCAAAAUGGCCAGAGAUUACAUCUUUGCUACUGCCUGGCCAAAAUGCAAUACAUCGCCAUGACAUUACAGCACGUGUGUUCAGACAAAAGUUGAAGUCUUUAAUAAGUUUCAUUACUAAAUCACAUGUAUUUGGUCCCACACGUUGCUGGAUGUAUUCGGUUGAGUGGCAAAAGCGAGGAUUACCUCAUGCACACAUUUUAGUUUGGUUCAUCGACAAAAUCUGUCCUGAAGAAAUCGAUAGUAUCAUUUCUGCGGAAAUUCCAGAUCCAUCCACUGACCAACUGCUGUUUGAUAUUGUUACAACAAACAUGAUUCAUGGUCCAUGUGGUACUCUUAAUAGUUCAUCGCUUUGCAUGGCUGAUGGAAAAUGUACUAAAAAUUUCCCUAAAGAUUUUACCAAUGAUACGGUCACAAAUGUCGACGGAUAUCCAAUAUAUCGUCGAAGAAAUCCUGAAAAUGGCGGACAAUCAUUUAUUAAAAAUAUCAGCAACACUGACAUUGAUAUUGACAAUCGUUGGGUCGUGCCAUAUUCGCCCCUGCUGAGCAAAACAUACAAUGCUCAUAUUAAUGUAACUGUACAGCAAUACAAAUUCGUCUACUAUUCGCUAUAG